AUGCUGAUGCUGGUACCCACCGGGCUCCUAGCGCUGGUCCUGCUCUGGGUGCAGACAGGAGUGACUUCAGGGAAAACUGCGGACUCACAGACCGGAGAGGAGGUGGCCUGCAUGGUGGCCUGUGAAGAGACAGCAGGGCCACACCUCCCUGUGGGCACCAGAUACACCUACCUGUUCUCCAGCAACACCAGCACCAGCCUGAAGGGGGCACCACUGGAGGCAAAUGGCCUGGGCCUCCAGGGUUUGGCUGUCCUUGAAGUGCUAGGCCCAUUCGAGAUGACCUUAUGGCUUCAGGACUUCCAGGUGACCUCUGUCCUGGGGCCAUAGGGGAAGGUUUUGAAGGAGUCAGAGAGUUUGAAGGCUACUCUGGGCCGCAAUCCUCUUGGCUUCAUCUUCAGUGCCGGGCAAGUGGUCCACUUGUCCCACCACUCUGAGCCACGCUGGGCCUUGAAUGUGAAGCGAUCAGUUCUGAGCCUUGUGCAGAGCUGUCCGGGAGCCCACAAACCUAAGACCUUUGAGGAGGUAGACAUCCUGGGCCGAUGUCCCACCACAUACUAGAGCCAAGGGGAUCAGCUGCUCAAGACGGAGGACUUGGCUCUGGGUUCCCUGCACACAGCCCACCCCUCCCUGUACAGUCAGCCCCUGCCUGGGAUGCUUCCAGCUUCAACUGUUCGGCAGAGUUUCCAGGCCAGUGUCCUGAACGAGGCUGCCCGUGAGGAGCUAACAGCCGGACCCCUGUUCCAGAAGGCCAGCGCUGUGCACAUACUGGUGUUCUCCUCCAUCACACUGCUGCACGUGGUAGCCCAGGACCCAGCCACCACAGGAAAAUUCUUAUCUGUGCCCAUUUUGCAGAUGGGGAAACUAGGUUUGCAGAACUCCUCAGAGACAUUUCUAAUGCUGGUGUCUGAGCUCCAAGGCCUUUCUGUGGAUGAGCUGAUUGCAGUCUGGCGCUGUUCACCUUUUAAAUGCCAUCAUGAUCGGCAAGGGCGUCACUCUGGGCAUCCACUGCUAGAUGCUCUGCCUUCCUGUGGCACCCAGAACUGUGUGGGCCUCAUGAAGCAGCUCAUCUUGGCUAGGGAGGAGGAGGCAGACCAGGCUGAGGCAUGGCUGUGGUCGCUAGCCUUCAUCCCAUAGCCCACAGAUGCCAUGGUGUUUAUACUGUUGGCCUACACCACCACAUCCAGCAGUGACAUUCGCACUAAUUUUUUUUUCCUGAUGCUGGGCAUCGAAUCAAGGACCUUGCACAUGCUAGACAGCCAGUAUUGCAGUCUCAGCCCAGGGGCCUUCCUUGGCAUCUCAGCUCUGGUACACAACCUCUGUGUUGCUCUGAAUGGGCACUGCCAACAGCUACCUGGAGUUGGCUCCCUUGUGAAGAUUCUGGGAGAGAUUUUGGGUGUGAACUGCAGCUUCCACCCCACUGCCAUGAUUUUGCAGCUUCAGCUUGUACUGAAGGCCAUCGGCAAUGCAGGUCUGGCAGCAGCAGCUCUCACCCCUGUGCUGAGUGCCUGCGCAUCCCUGAGGGGUGUCUCUCCAGAGAUCCAGCUGGCAGCUCUCCAGGCCUUCCAGAGGGUCCCUUGCUGUGCAGACAUAAGUCCUGGUAGGUCAGUGCUCUUUCGCCUGUACCAAGCUCCUGAGGAGGACACAGAGCUCCAUGUCAAUGCCUGCCUGGCUCUGAUGAGUUGCCCCAGUGAGGAAGUGUUUGCCACACAGGCAACUGAGCGGUCUACCCAGGUGUGCUCCUUUGUGUGGGGCCACAUCCUGCAGCUGCUGGAGACGGAUGAUCCCCUGAAACGUGACCUUUGGGACUCCCUCCCUAAGGACAUCCUCAGUCAGCAGUUCCAGACUGAGACUUGGAAACACUCCUAUUCUGAUGUCACCUUCCACUCAACAUCUGGCAGCCUGGGAGGCUACCUGGAAAGGACCUUCCUCUUCUCCUCCGCCUCUUCCCUCCCUUGUUCUGCCGGGGUAACCACUGUCCAUGCUGCUGGCCGGGCCUUCAGCCUGCUGGGGCUGGGACUCCAGCUGGAAAAUGCUGAAGACACCAUCCACAGUCUGCUGGGCCCCAAAUCCUUCUGGAGGCAGGAAGAGAAGAGAGAGACUGAGCCAGAGAAUUCUUGGGGCCCAGAGCCAGACCUGGACAGCUCUGACUGUUUGGGAGAAAGAUCCAGAAAGAUGAAGGACCUCCAGAAGAAGGCAGCUCAGAUGGGCACCGCAGGGACCCUGGGGCAGGCUGGGCUCAGGUGGUUGAUCCGUGUCCGUGGCACUGCCAGCCUAGAUGGUGGGAUCCAAGCGAGGAAGGGCCAGGACCUUCGAGUGCAUCUGAACGUCCCAGUCAGCUUCAGCUCCAGGCUGUAUCUUGUCACCAGGGACAGUGUGAAGAACUUAAGCGAAGGUCACAGCUUCUCUGAGUCCUGGUCCUGUACCCAUGAAGGGGGUCACUUCACCAUGUCAGGGAAGGCUCGGCCACAGGCGCGGGGCCAACUGGCUGUGUGGCACCUGUGUCCCAAGCCUGGGGUUUGCAGCUGGGUACUAAUGUGGCCUGGCCAGCCUUCCCUGCUCUCGGCACCUGUGUUCAUAAAUUUGAUUCUGAAGAAGCAGGACCCAGGACUUCAGCUGUACCUGCUGGAAGCUGCCUACACCCUCCAUUUCCAAGUAGGCAGUAUGGAAUGGCCCCUUCCUUCCCAAAGCACAGGCCACCUCUUCAUGGGUACACCCCAGUCAGACGUGGCCAGGGACAUUGGGGUGGACAUCAGCUACAGUGUGCCCCAGAGGAAGUAUUGGCUCAAGCUGCUGCACCCCAAAAAGAAAGUUCAGCUGGAUGUGAGGACAGCACUCUCCUGGUCACCUGACCCCUUGGCAGCUGCAAUGUGGGCAGUGUGUAACAUGGAGGUUCUUAAGAGUGCACGCAUGGGCCAGCUGGAGCUGGUACUUGAUGACAGGGAUGUCUAUUACAUCAAGGGCCAGAGUGACCUGCAGCUAGAGUCAGGCAACAAGACCCAGCAGUUUGAGGCCCAGGUGGAGGCAAAGUUGGUGACAGUGGGCAGACCUAUAGUCCUUGACAGGAGCAUCACGUGGCAGUCAGGCAGCAGGCUGUCCAUCGCUGCAUCUCUGAGGUGCAUGCUGAAUGACCAGGCUCACUUAACAGUGUUGCUGGAGAAGAAGGCAGAGGCCGGGCUGCAGUUGGCCAUCUUGAGCAUCUAGCUGCAGGUUCCAGGUGUGGUAGAACUCCACAUACAGGGCCUGCUGGAGCAGCAUGGCCCUGUGGGAAGCAGCACCCCGAGGAUCAAGUACGACCUCCUGGGUAUGGUCCAGCUACAGCACACACAAGGCCUGGACCACCUCUGCUGGCUGCUGGAGGCCAGCUAUGGGAGGUGGGCUGAGAGCGGCAACAAGAGAUUGUUGCACGUCAGCCAGACCUUCAAGAACGAUUCGGGACCAGCACUCCGCAAUUACUUCUAGAGGUUUGCACUGCAGGUCCCGGAGAGGCUGGUGGACUGCCUCACACACUUGAGCCUCUGGCAGCCCCAUAUCAAAAGCAGCACAUACCUGAAGGUGCUGCUCAGCAGGCAGCUGCCCUUCUCGGUAGGCUUGCUCUGGAGGGACACAUCCAGGGCUGCCCUGUGGAGAUGGGAAGGCACCUUGACCUGGGACAGUCCAUGGCUCACAGUGUCUGCAGCUCACAGGCUCUACUGGCCACACUGGGCCGUGUUCCAGGCUGUCUCAGAGCUGACGCUGGCCAAGGUCUGGACCCUCAAGGAUCUGGUGGUCAGCAUGACCUGCAGGAGCCAGGGCCAUGACAGGGAAGUCCUGAUCAAGGUGUACACUGAAGCCACCACCUAUCUCUGGGUUUCCAUGGUGACAACCUUGAUGCCAGGCCUCUUCCACAGCAGGAGUGAGCAGUCAGCCUGGAGUGCAGCUGUGCAGAGUGAGGUCCAUGCAGACAGCAGCCAGCACAGGAAGGUCCUCCACUGCUGGCUGAAGAGUCUCCACUGGGAGCUGAAACUCACAGCAGCCUACAAGCAUACAAAGAAGGGGAGUCCCCAAAAGACCUCUGUGCUGCUGACAGUCCUAGGGACUGGUGUCCUGGGCCAGCCUCGAGGUCUGCAGCGGGAGGGGCUGGAGCAGCUGCCCUGAGGCAAGACAUUGUACCGGAAGUGAGGAACAUUGCUCCUUAGGCACACUUGGCAACUCCUGGUCCCUCAGAGGCUCUUCUUGCAGGGGACCUUCACGGUGGACAAACAGUGCCAGCGUCACUUCCUAGAGACCAAGGCUGUCCUGAAUGGCCAGGAGGAGAUCCUACACACUGUGGUGCUGGGCUGCCAGGCUGGACACCCCUAUAUCUGCACAGGCCUGACCCACCCCUUUGAUGAUAAGGCUAUCCCCAAGAGCCUUGAGGGAAGCCACCUGCACUCCUUGGCUCUGCCAAAGACAGCAGAGGAGUUCACACUCUCCGUGUCUGACCAUGACCCUCCUGAUGUCCCUCAUAAGGCUAAGAACAGUGAGGUCAAGGCUACAUUAAAAGUCAACCAGAAAGUCAUUCUGCAUCUGAAGGGUUUUUACCAGGGCAGCUCUCAUCAUGGAGGGAUCCGGCACAGCGUGGCUUUGGAUGACACUCAUUCAUCCCAGCUGAGUGUCCCCAGUGGCUUUGACCUCACAUGGUGUCGACAAGGAGCGUUUGACUUCAGUGUACGUGUACAAGCUGCUACCAACCGCAAUGCCACUUCCCAGGUCUUGGUCCAGCUGAACAAGUCAAGCUCCCACUUGGCAUUUUCCUUGCAGCUCCAACCUCCAGAUGGCCUUGCCUUCCCACCCAGCAUACAGUCUGUCAACUACUGGGCCCACGACAGCCGUCUGGAGCUCUGGGGCCACAGCCAACAUGACAGUGAGGCCCUGCUGCAGGCUGGGGUCCCGGAGGAGGUGGACCUCACAUCUCCAUUACAGUCUGAUGCACUCCUCGCCAAGGAGGGAGAGACCAAGACUUGGGCUCACAUGGUCCUCUGUGGCAGGAACAGCAAGGUGAGCAUGGAUGUGACAGCCCUGCUGGCUGCCACACUGGAGGUGACGGUGAGCACCAGCCACCCUGUGAGGCAGGCUUUCCAGAGACUAGGCCUGCCCUUCAACAGCCAGUUACUAUUCUGAGAACUCUGGACCUUAGAAGACAUGAGUUCCUUCCUGCAAAUCACUUGUGACAACCAAGAUAUUCUGUUCCUCCAUGUCCAUGGCCAGAACCAUGCCAACAGUAAAGAGGUGCUGCUGUGGGGCAGACACCACCUCCCCUCCCUCCUGGGCUGCUGUCCCCGCUCAGCUUCCGAGGAGACCAAAUGCUCUUUUGUCCUAGAGGUGGAGAAGCGCUGUUUCCAUGUCAACACCAUGCUGGCUGCUAGGGACAGCCUAGCCAAUGUCAUCCAGCUGCAACAGACCUUCCCCCAGCUCAGCACCCUCCCCACAGAGAUGGCCCUGAGGACCGUGUUCCAGAGAGCACAAGGCACCCACAUCCUGUACCAGGUGGUGCUAUAGCAUGGCAGGGAGGUGGCCCUCAAUGGGAGCCUCUCCCAGCCCCGGCCCCUCUCAGAGUUCUUAGGGAAUAUCCGUCUUCAGGGGUACUCUAGAGGAAGCCACCAUGGUGACCAGGCUGUGGCCUGGGACAAUAAAGACCAAAUUCAGCAAUCAUGGGACAGAGGCUCACCUGUGACUCUGGAGGUCACCUGGGCUGACAGGUACUUUCCACACAGUGUGGUCUGGGAUAGCUGCCUAGCUGCCUCUCUAGGUCAGCUCCAGGGAACCUGGGGCCUGGGCCCACUGCAGGCCUGUGCGGCCCUGAUUCAGACCCUGGGCAUGUUCAAUGAGCAGCUUGAUCUCUCCUGGGGCCGACACCUGCUGGGCAGAGUGGAGGAGCUGGUAGUGCUAAAGGGUCUGCUAGACAUGGGGUGGGAGACGCAGGAUGGCUUACCUUCCCCGAAAUGGCAGGACUCAGUAUCUCGCAACUACCCAGGGCUUCCAGUGGGGCUAAGUGAGCUCUUCAGAAAGCACCAGCUACCCCAGUGGGACAAGGCCCAUGCAGAGGCCACACUAGAGCACAUUUCUGGCCCCUGUGCCCAGCACAGCUUCCAGGGGACGGUGGAGACUGAUUACACCCACAAGUUACAACACACCCUCCGCCUGGGGCUUUGCAACCUGCCCAGGGCCCUCUCAUUCUCUGGGGAGCACAGUCUGGACCAGGGUGCACUCCUGCUGCGUCCUCAAUACCAGCUGGGUCUUGCUCCAGCCCCUGACCAGGGCCUGCACGUUAGCCUCACCCUCUACAACCACAGCUGACCCAAUGCACCGGACUUUUCUGGGCAGCUGGAACUCCAAGGCCCUAGAGCCCAGCAGCUGCUCCUCCUGGGCCGCAUCUCUACCUCAGCUUCCCAUAGCUUGGUCCAGCUGGAGGGCAGUGUGGAUAAGGAUGAGAAAGUAAGGCUGCUGGUGUCCUAGGCCCUGAGCUGUACAGCCAGUGGGCACCCUAGCCAGAGCAGCAGAUUGCCUGGUACAAUUGACCCAGGCCAGGCUCAAGCUGACCUGCCUCUCUACCUGGAGCAGCUGCAGGCGGAGAUGGAGCAGUUGCAGAAUGAGCUGGAACGUGAACCCCUGGCCACGCUGAAGGAGGCCUACUUGGAGGUGAUGCUGCAGACCCUGGAUGAGGUGUGGCAAGAGUGGGCUGAGGAAGCUAGGCAGUGGCUGCAGGCCACGCUGCUCAGGCUGCCAGAAAGUUGGAGGCUAAGGCCUAUCCACGUGGCCCUGGGAGCCAUAAUGGGUGCCCUGGAGCUGACCACCCACCAUGCACUGUCCCGGGCCGAGGCUGAGGUCUCCGGGGCCUUGAGGAGGCUCUGCAAACCCUUACGGGGCAUAUACAGUUACUCAGCCAGGAACCAUUCCAUGAUGGUAAGGCUACUUCCUGCCGGGGAGCAGCCCCUGGAUGCGGCCCAGGUGGUCAGUUACCUGGAGGAGGAGAAACCGUUGUGACCAUCCCGCAGGCUGUAUGAGGCUAAUGUGCUGGCUGAGUUCUGUGGGUUCCGGCGGCAUCUACUGGGGAGCUCCUUCAAGUUCCCCAGACUUGGGAGCACACUUGUUCCAGGGCAGCAGGUUUACUCAGUGUUGAGCUGGCCUGGCCUCUUCUCAGAUUACAUUGUGGUGGCCGGUGCCAGGUACCUAGUAACUUUCGAUGGACAGGUGUGGGGCCUGGGUCCCUGCUGUGGCAGCUUUCUGCUAUCCAAGGACUUCACUCACCAAAUAUUCUCUCCGAUGCUGAGCCGCACAAGCUCGGGGUUCACGGUCCUUCACAUGGAGCUGAACCACACAGCCCUCGCGCAUCCGAGCCUAAAGGUUUACAAGCUGUAUGACACUGCCAGGCCUUGGGACAGCAGCUGGGAUUUAGACCCGCCUCCUGCUAUGCUGAACACUGGGCCCAAGGUUGAGCUGAGUAUCGAGGAUGGUGUGUCUGUCUCCUGUGAUGUGCCAGCAUGCCUCUGCAGCCUGGCAUUGGGCCUGUGGCACCACGGUAUAUCGGCUGGCCUUCUGGGUACCAACAACCAUGAGGCAGAUGAUGAGCUAAUGCUGCCAGAUGGCACGGACGCUGACAGCUUGGAGGAGCUCACCCAGGCCUGGCAGUGUGCCCAGGAGAAAGUGUUGUUCGUGGAGGCUUGA